UGGGGGCUGACGUCGGGUCCAGAUGUGGCCCCAGCCCCGCCCACCCCCGAGGCCGGGCCGCCCACACCGAGCUGCGGCGCGCACGGCGGCUGUCCCGCCUGCCACAAUGCGCGGCGAAGCUGUGCCCGCGACUUGACGCGGUCGUCCCUAACAUCGCCACUCGACAUCCUUAGGACAGGCCGCCCCUGACGCCGCGCUGGGACCCUACUCGCCCACGCCCCCCAUGCGCUCACUCCCCGGUGCCGGGUCGGGCGGACGCGGAGCCGCGCGGGUGACGGCAGAGGCGGCUGCGCGCCCAGCCUAGCCCAGCCCAGCCGGAGGAGAGGGCGCGCCGCGCCCCCGCCCCCCGCCUGCUCUCCGGAGGCCGUGGGUGCGGAUGCGCGGCUGACGACUCGUAGAGACUAGCACUGCCGCCCGCCCGCCGGCCGGAGCCCGCAGCAUGGCAGCCGCCGCCUAUGUGGACCACUUCGCCGCCGAGUGCCUCGUGUCCAUGUCCAGCCGCGCAGUCGUGCACGGACCGCGGGAGGGGCCGGAGUCCCGGCCCGAGGGCGCGGCCGCCGCCGCCACCCCCGCACUGCCCCGCGUUGAGGAGCGCCGCGACGGCAAGGACAGCGCCUCGCUCUUCGUGGUGGCGCGGAUCCUAGCGGACCUCAACCAACAAGCGCCAGCGCCCGCCCCAGCGGAGCGCAGAGAGGGUGCUGCUGCCCGGAAGGCGAGGACCCCCUGCCGACUGCCGCCCGCGCCACCCGCGCCGCCGCCUGCUUCCGAACCCGUCUCCCCCGGCGGAGAAGGUGCGGCAGCCGCGCCCCCCAGCCCCGCUUGGAGCGAGCCCGAGGCGGGACUAGAUCCCGAGCGGGAGCCAGGACCCGCGGGGAGCGGCGAGUCCGGCCUCAGACAAAGGGGCCGGCGGGGCCGAAGUCGCGCCGACCUCGAGUCCCCGCAGAGAAAGCACAAGUGCCACUACGCUGGCUGUGAGAAAGUUUAUGGGAAAUCUUCGCACCUCAAGGCGCACCUGAGAACUCACACAGGUGAGAGGCCCUUUGCUUGCAGCUGGCAGGACUGCAACAAGAAGUUCGCACGCUCUGAUGAGCUGGCACGGCACUACCGCACACACACUGGUGAGAAGAAGUUCAGCUGCCCUAUCUGCGAGAAGCGCUUCAUGCGCAGCGAUCACCUGACGAAGCAUGCUCGUCGCCACGCCAACUUCCACCCCGGCAUGCUGCAGCGGCGUGGUGGGGGCUCGCGGACCGGCUCACUCAGCGACUACAGCCGCUCUGAUGCCAGCAGCCCCACCAUCAGCCCAGCCAGUUCACCCUGAGCCCCACUGGACCCACAGCAGCACAGCCCCGCCAGUCCCUCCGCCAGCCCCGCGCCCAGCCAAGGACCCCUACCCUGACAACAGCCAUGAGCAGCCGCUCUCACCUCCUCUUUGUCAGUCCGUGCCCUUUCCUUUUGUAAUAAGAAAAAAAGAGCAAGAACUUCAUGAAAAGUCCACGUAAAAACACUUUUCUUCACCUCAGGUGUCAAAGUCAAUUUGUAAAAAAAAAAAAAAAAAAAAAAAAAAAAAAAAAAAAAAAAAAAAAAAAAAAAAGCAAAACAAAAAAAAAAUCAAAAGAAGAAAAAAACAAAAAAAAAUUUCAAAAAACAUCAUCCACAAAUUGCACAAUGGAGAUACCCACAAAGUUGCGAUUCAGCGGUGUCGAACCCCCUUUCUCAGGGAUGGACACGUUCCACGAGGUCAGUGAGGGCACCCCUUCCUGCCGCCUUACUCUGUACAUAGAUUUGCACUCUGGAAUUUUCUAUUAGGUUUGGGAACACACUGGGGACAGAGCAGGCCAACCAGUGCAGGUGGAGCUCAGCAUGCAUGUGGGUCAGUCCAUCAGCUGGGAGUAGAUGUGGUCACUGACAUUUGUGAUUCCAAGGCAGAUCUUUUAGUGGUGAGGCGUGUCCUCCCCCUCCCUUCUACCCAUCCACUCAGCCUCCAUCCUUGGCCACAUAGGCUUGGCUCAAAAUGCAGAUGGGUCUGAGGGACAGGCCACCUAACGAGGGAUGCCUUAAGCCAUGACAGGUCAAAGGAGCACUCCACUUGGGGAAAUUGUGGAGAGUGUCAUCUGCCCUCCAUGACUGGCACUGCCUGUCUCACUCCCUACCUUCAGGAGUCCUCUCCUGGGCCCCUUGGAAAAAUGGAAGCAGAGACACAAGCCCUGGCUGGGCACAACAUCACACCAUCCAGUCUCUAAGGAGACAGCCUGGGUUCCACCUGUCUGGGCCCCCACUGCCCAACAGACAGCACCAGGGACCUUCACUAUUAUACCAUAUUCUCUGACUGGAAAAUAGAGCCUGGGAAUUCUGGUUUUCUAAAAUGAUUUUAUGAAGUGUCGGUGUACCCAGUUCCCUAGCUCUCCCAUGCUGCUAUGGAGUCACCUUUGUUUGAAACAGUGGGCAAGACCAUCAUGUUGCUUUCUCAGUCAGAAGGUCUAUGUGAGUGGCCAUGUGUGUGCAUGUGUUCGCAGCACUUCACAGAGACCGUUCAGUGGCAAAAGACCAGAACAUUGUGACUCGGAACUUUUCAAGAGUGGCGCAGCCAAUGUCAUGGGAAGUGCUGUUGGAGAAUGUGCAUUCUCUUUUCUCCCCAGGGAACACCAGACGGAAAGUUGUGGGAAACACUUUUCUCAGACCCUUCAUGUCUGGUGGUACAGACUGAGCAAACCUCCAGCUUCUCGUCGCCAGAACUUAUCUCCCUUUCCCUCUUGCUUCUGCCUACCCUGCCUGGAGACCCCAGGCCACGCCUAGCCUGCAUCGCCCCAUUGCCAGCCUUUUGGUAGGGGAGGAAAAGCAGAGAGCUGAGGCAGUUUCUUAUGAAGCCUUGACCUGGGCUGGGUUGGUGUUCAAGCCCCAGACCAGGGCAGUUAGGCUGGAUUCCAGCAAGCACCUCUGCAGACCUGUGGAGUGUCCAGCCUAGCCCUGCAAGGCCCAUGUUGCGCCUUGCCUUCCUUUCAAGGGUUGGGGCCUGUAAAUACAAGGCCCCAGGACAGAGUGUGUGUGUGUGUGUGUGUGUGUGUGUGUGUGUGUGUGUGUGUGUGUAUUGUGUUGGGAUGAGUUGGGAUGAACUCGGGUUAUAGUAUCUUGCAGAGAUCUCUCACUUUGAUGAGGAAUGGCCCUUGGGACUCAGUGGGCCAUAGAUGGGCUUCCUAGGCCCAGAGUGCCUUGGUUGUAGUCAUUCUGCUUCCAUCCCAGCCCACACAUUGUGUGGGGUGCAGCACAGAAAAACCCCAGCGAUCCAGGCCCAGCUGGAGCCUGUAGCUUCUGGCUGAUGUGUCAUGCCAACUUCAGAGUGGAUGGGUGCCCUCUAUCUACAGCAGCUGUGCACGUGGCACCAUGCCAUCUGUGAUGCUAUGGAUACCUGUUUCCAGCUCUACUUAUCUGGAAGUGGCUAAUGGCAUGUGGUGGCUUCUGUGUAGCACAGUAGGUACCCAUUUGGUCUGUGACAUUGUUUGUGCUGUGGGUGGGGAUGGUGGGGCAGGGGCUAUCUCGUUAGUGCAGAUUCGGCCCCUCUGGCCCCCCUGCUGCCUUUGGGCCCUAUAAUAGCUCAGCUUGCAUUUGGUUUGGGAGAGAGUAGAAUAUGUGGUAUGGACCUUGAAGAAGAGAGCCCUGGAUGCUGGGGAUGUGGCAAUCUUCAUGUCUGGUUCCAAAGUGAGGUCCCUCCCAAAGUUGUUUCUGUGUGAGGCAGAGAAAGCCACACUCUGACCACAUUUCAUGUCUCAGGAAUUCACAUUCCAGGUUCAGGAAUUUUAUUCCAAAGUCCUUUGGUGCACCCGUGUUUAUGGUUCCGAAGGCAGGGAGAGGGAGUGGCAUGUCCCACACGGCCAGAAAAGCACUCUCCACUGGAGGAGCCAGGUGUCUCCUUGUGACUUGCCUACAGCGUCACAAGGGGUUUUCUAACUUCACAUCUGUCUGCACAUAGGAAGGGGAAAAAGAACUCUAAACCCAGUCAUAUUGGAAUAAAAGAAAGAGCUGGUUUGUUUUAGAGUGGGGUGGGGGGUGGGGGAGGGAAAGUGGGAUAGGCUGUUUCCAAAGAGAGCACUUAAUUUAAUUUUCCCUCUAAAUGACCCAGGGCUGUUCCAUCUGAUAGAUGGAAGGGUAAUAUUGCCUUAAAACAGAAAUAUGCAGGCAUUGGCUAUUUUUGGCAAAUGAGUGUGUCUUCAUUCCCAAAGUGGUUCUCCUGUAAUGGCAGGGUGCGGUCCUUCAGCCAUAGGCCUGGCCUGGGAGAUGGGGGCAGGGCACCCGGAGGGAGUUCCCCCCUGGGCAUCCUGGCUGCACCCUCCAGAAUCAUCUGGGGCUUAAAUUCAUCUCAUUGAAGGGUGGGGGGGAAGAAUCUAAAUCUCAGGCUCAGUUCACAUGGGUUCUCAUUAGCAGGUUUCCAUCUCAUCAUGAAACGAGGGAUGCCUUCUAAGAUGUAGAUUGUCUUCCCAGCCUGGGUCUACUUCAGGGUCUUUCAUUUUUGUAGUUUAUGGCCAUGAUUGCUGGUUUCAGUGGGAUUAAGGAACCCAUAGGGCUCCCAGAAUAAUAGUGAAAAAUCAAAUCUUUAUUUGGGGACAUACUUCAGCUCUAGCAGGCCACAGAGGCAGAGAUCUCAAAAUGAAGGGUGCCUGAGUAAAGGGAGAGUUUCCCUUAAAUUAAAAAAAAAAAAAAAAAAAAAAAAAAGACGUCUAAAAGUGACUGGACCCAGCCAUCAGAAGGCUGGUGUUCGGCUCAUGUCCCAAACAAGAAAACCCCUUGUCAGCCAUAUUAGGGGAAUGGUUGUAAACUCCCCAAAUGCCUACUGAAUCCUACAGCCAUAUGGAAAAACAGACAACACAGCCCUUUCCACAAAGGGCCUUGGAGUCCUCUCCUGAUGGGUGCUACACAGAGAUGGGCAGUGAUGUUCUGGAAGAGAAUGUGGUCCUGGAUAUGCCCCUAUGCAUCUUGCUGCACUCUCCACCCAUGGGAUUUGAGGUGCAAGAUUGCCCCCCUCCAACACACCCACCUCUACUUUGAGGCCAUGCAUCGGGGUAGGUGCAGGAUUUGCCACGGUGCAGCCUCCAGGUGCAGACCUCCGCACACUGGUGACCCCAGACCUCACCUGAGCAAGGGCUCAGAUCCCUGGAGGAUGAUUCAGAGGUGAGGAUGAGUAGAGAGGGUUGGUGGCUUUCUGAGGUCCUGAGUGAGUGGUAGAAGAACUACUGGGUCUUCAUUCAAGAUUUCUGUCUCCCAGUCAUGUGGCCCAGCCUCUUUCUUGCCAGAAGCAGAUACUUAAAUGUACUGCACAGGGUUUUAGCACUUCCUAGGAUCUCAUCCAGGAUCUCCGCUGGGCAGAUACGCUACCCUACAGGAAGAUGUGAUCUGGGCAAUAGUGUGGCCUCGUUUCUCAGCUCCUGUUUUUUUUUUUUUUUUAACAAGGCUACCUGAUUAUUUUGAUUUCUGAGAGGUGUCACUGAUUUUUUUUUUUUAAACCCAUGUUUAAAAAGGCCAUUUGGUCAAAACUGCUGGAAGUUUUAAAGAGCUUGAUGUAUUAGACACAUUUUGAAUGAUAAGAAAUGCUUAAUAAGUUAACCAUAUCUUUUGCUACCCAACAUUUCUGUAUGUCAUCCUGAAGACUAUAUCUUCCAAAGCUAAAAUGCCGAUGUGGGCUGAUAGGUUUUGAAAGCAAAGUAGCCCCUGGAAGAGCCAGGUCCUGUGGCUAAUUUUCCUGAUUCUGAAGUUUCAAAGAUUUGUCCUGGACACAUUCCAGAGAAUUUUGUACCAGAAUUUGGAUGUAGUCCAGCUUACUACUGAUAGAUGCCUGAACACCAUUGAGGGAGAGACCCUUCCUCCUGUUGGCUGGCUCUAGCCCUGAGAAGAGUGGAAUCAGGCAGGAGCCCUGUGUCCAGGAGGGAAGAGGUUUCUACUAGCCCCUACCACUAUUGGACUUGCAGUGUAGCCACCUGGCUUUGCCCAGCCUCUCCCUUCUCAAUACAGCUUUAAAACAUUACUACUUUUAUUUAAAAAUAAACAGGAUGGGAGAGAGGCAGCCUCCCCUGCCCUACAUCAUACAUUCCAGGAUGGGGGCAGGUGGAAUGGGACAGGAAGUCAGAAAGGGGACAGGAUGGAUGCACGUGCAACUUUCUCCUGGGGACUCUGGAGUCUUUUCUCACUGAUGCCCUCCUAGAGGACCUGUUGACUGAUUACUGCACAUGCUUGUUUGGAAACCAGUGUGCAAGCUGAAUGCUUGCAGGAGACCAUCACUGGUCAGUUUGUCCCUUCCACUCAGCACAGGAGCCUAUUCCUUGUGCUUGGAAGAUCCCUCUCCACAUUUCCACGCUCCCCCUCUUCCCAGCUUGGCACAGGCACCAUAAUGGGGUGUUAUCAACCCCAGUGUCUCUUCUCCAGUCAGUGUCUGUGGGUGUCUGAGUGGGAGACUUUUCCCCUCCCUCACCUGGGAGAAGCCUCAGGUGCCCAGUGCUGAGGACCCCCAUCAAUGUCAGCAUGGGGCUCUCUACUGAGCAACUAUGCAUUGGUGGGUUUGGAGCUGCUUACCGUGGCUCCCUGGUGACCAGGAACUGCUUGGGUAGUUACACUGGGUACACCCAAGUGACCCUUUCCCACCCAAAACCAUCGGUGGAGCUUCUCUGGAAUCAUUUGCCAAAAUCCCAAGGCAGAAUCCAAGGGUCCAACACCAUUUCCAUCGAGUUCACAAUUUCCUUUUCUGUAGAAAUAUUGUUUUGUUUUUGUUGUUUUUUAAAACCAAUUCCCCACCAUGCUUCCGAAGGCCACAUUUCAUCUUUUCUGGAUCACUACAGUGAAGUAUUACAGUUGUACAGUUCCCAAUCUGGCCUUGGCUUGCUCGGAUUAAACUUUGUAUGUAUUUUGUAAGGCAUAGAUUCUAUAUUGUAAUGAUGUCCUAUGCAAAAAAAAAAUUAACGAAAUUGUAAAUUUUAUUGUUUUAACAUGUAUGCAUGUUUAGUGACGUUUACAUUUUGAAUAAAAUUUAUGAUUCAUUA